AUGGAGUCCAUAGAACACGUUCACGUUACUCUGCUAGACAGUCUUCGGAACGUCAGUGAGGUCUCCUGUGACACGCUUGAUGUUCAAGUUGCCAAGGAUCUGGGUCCUUUUAGGGAUGUGACCUCUAACCAGGCCAUCGCCCUUGGCGAGUUGACCAAGACUACUCCCGAAGGCAAACUUCAAUAUGAGGAGCUUCUUCGACGGGCUACGGAGGAUGCCAGGACUUGGCUUCAUGCCGCCUGGCCUGAGGUCGACCUCGCGACUCUGGCCGUUGAAGUCAUGAUGGUCCGCCUGGUUAUCCAGUUCGCCCCCUACGUCACCCACUACAUGCAUGUCCAGACAAAUCCAAAGUGGGCGUACUCAACUGAGAAGACGCGACGCAACGCUCAGAGGAUCGUCGAGAUUUUCAAGAAGAUCGACCCCAGCAUCAAAACCAAGAGGGUAUGCAUCAAGAUCCCUGCCACUUGGGAGGGCAUCGCGGCCUGCAGGGAACUCGAGGCAGGGGAAGGAUCACGGUCACCUCCAAUCGCGACACUGGCAACCACCCUGUUCUGCAUGGAACAGGCCGUACUCGCUGCCCAUGCCGGAUGUACCUACAUUGCCCCUUAUGUGAACGAACUGAAAGUCCACUUUGAGCCUGGAUACGUCGACCAACACAAGGCCUUCAACUUGACGCGUCUCGCCCAACGACACUACGUCGACAAGUCGCACCGCACGCAGGUCUUGGCAGCCAGUCUCACCUCCGUGGACGAGGUGAUGCAGCUAGCCGGCAUCCAGCACGUCACCGUAUCCCCGCACCUCCUCCAGGGUCUGGCAGCAGAGCCGACGGCAGACUGGGACGGCAAGCUCGGGGCGUUCUUUGCGGCGGACCCCCAGGAAAGGUGGGACGCUGGAGGCUUUGCGACGUGGUGCGGCGACGAGAGCGAGUACCGGAUUGCCUUUACGCGGAGCGGCAGGGGGAAAGCGGAAGAGAAAUUGGUACAGGCCAUCAAUAUCUUUUCUGAUAAGCAGGAUGAGCUGGAGGCGCUUGCCCGUCGGUUUUUGUAA